AUGGCGACAGGCCCUGGCGAGUGUCCGAGCAAGGCCCUUCAGUACCGGGUAGAUCACCUCCUCAGUGCGGUGGAGAGUGAGCUACAGGCCGGGAGCGAGAAGGGUGACCCCACGGAGAGGGAGCUGAAAGUGUCCUUGGAUGAGAGCGAGCUGUGGCAAAAGUUUAAAAAUCUCACAAAUGAAAUGAUAGUUACAAAGAACGGCAGGCGCAUGUUUCCGGUGCUGAAAGUGAGCGUGUCUGGACUGGACCCGAACGCCAUGUAUUCCUUUUUGCUGGAUUUCGCGUCUGCAGACAACCACAGGUGGAAAUACGUCAACGGAGAGUGGGUGCCUGGUGGCAAACCCGAACCUCAAACUCCCAGCUGUGUGUACAUCCACCCAGACUCCCCAAACUUCGGCGCGCACUGGAUGAAGGCUCCCGUCUCGUUUAGUAAAGUCAAACUCACAAAUAAGCUCAACGGAGGAGGUCAGAUCAUGUUAAAUUCUUUGCACAAGUAUGAGCCACGCAUUCAUAUAGUUCGGGUUGGAGGCCCACGGAGGAUGAUCACCAGCCACUCUUUCCCAGAGACACAGUUUAUUGCAGUAACGGCGUACCAAAAUGAAGAGAUAACUGCCCUGAAAAUAAAGUACAACCCUUUUGCCAAGGCCUUUCUAGACGCAAAGGAGAGGACUGAUAAUAAAGACAUAAGAGAAGAUGCCAGUGAAAACCAGCAAUCUGGUUACUCUCAGUUGGGUAGCUGGUUUAUUCCAGGGACAGCUCCUCUCUGCCCUUCAGCCAGUCCUCACAGCCAGUUCGGGAGUCCAAUCUCCCUCUCGCCAUCCCAUGGUUGCGAGCGCUACUCCACUCUGAGGAACCACCGCUCUGCCCCUUACUCCAGCCCGUAUACCCAUCGGACCAACUCACCCACCAGUUUCUCAGACAGCUCUUCAACCUGUCUGUCGAUGCUUUCAAGCCAUGAUAACUGGUCCAGUCUUCAGAUGCCAACACACUCGAGCAUGAUUCCCAUGGCCCAUAACUCUACCUCUGGUACCAGUUCUAGUCAGUACACCAGCCUGUGGUCUGUGAGCAACUCGCCACUCACUCCGGUGUCCCAGAAUGGGGGGAUGAACAACUGUCUGAGCUCCCAGUUUCUCCGAGGGUCCAGCAGCCACUACCCCACCCUGUCUCAUUCAGUUACAGUGCCCUCCUCUGGCUCUCCCAUGUACGACAACAGCACGGCCACAGAAGUGCAUGAUACGGCUCAGUAUGACCUCUCACCACAUGGCCGACUGCCAUCCGCCUGGACCCCAGUUACGCCUCCGUCCCUGUGA